AUGCAAUUAAUUUCCAGUCCUUUGACGAAAUUUCGUUAUCGUCCCUCUUUCUUUCUUUCUUUCUUUCUUUCUUUCUUUCUUUCUUUCUUUCGACUCGUGUUAGCUCCUUUCUUUUGCAAUCUAUCUAUCUAUCUAUCUAUCUAUCUAUCUAUCUAUCUAUCUAUCUAUUUCAAUCUGCUCAUUAUCUCUGUGCCUUUCUGUGUUUCUCUGUCUCUGUCUGCCUUUCUGUCUGUCUGUCUCUCUCUGUCUAUGUUUCUAUCUAUUAGUGUCAUUUUUAGUAGACCUUUCUUCUUUCUUUCUUUCUUUCUUUCUUUCUUUCUUUCUUAUAUUGGUGCUGACCCAUUACUUUUACUUGCAAUUGUAUUUCUCUUUUUCUUCUUUUAUUACCUUUUCUUUACUUGGAUUGGUCGUCUUAAUUUUACUACUAAUCACUUUCUUUCUUUCUUUCUUUCUUUUUUUCUUUCUUUCUUUCGUUUAUUCCUUUCUUUUUCGGCUUCUUCAUUCGUUCCUUCUUUCUUUUUUCUUUUAUUUGGGUUUACUUCUGUAUUUUACUCGCAUCUACUUCUACUUUUGUUUAUUUUCUUUCUUUCUUUCUUUCUUUUUUUCUUUCUUUCUUUCUUUCGUUUAUUCAUUUCUUUUUCGGCUUCUUCAUUCGUUCCUUCUUUCUUUUUUCUUUUAUUUGGGUUUACUUCUAUAUUUUACUCGCAUCUACUUCUACUUUUGUUUCCUUUUCUUUCUUUCUUUCUUUCUUUCUUUCUUUCUUUCUUUCUUUCUUUCUUUCUUACAAAGGACACUAUUAAUCAAGCAAUUUUUACUUCACUUGUCGAAACCAAUUUGCAUUUCCUUUCCUUCCUCUUUUUUCCCCAAAACAAAAGAAUUACUAAAUUUUCUCCGCUCUUUGGAACAUCGUAA